CAGUGCAUGGCGAUUCGAAGCGGGAAAAGGCCAUAAAGCGACAGCAGGGGGGCCCAUCUUAUCCGUUAGGUUGGAGCCUUCCGAAGACCGCUCGAGUGUUCGUCUUCGCUCUGUGUUCCGAGGAAGGAGGAGGAGGAGGAGGAAGAGGGGAUGAGCAGAACCUGCGAGAGCAGAAGCUUCUCGUCUUCCCCACCCAUCUCCGGAUGAUUUCGGCGGUUCUCUUCGUUAUCGUCCUCCCCGACUUCUUUUAGGAGAGCGGAAGAAGAUUUUUGAUCGAUCCCCAAUGGCGUGGUUUCGCGCCGCGUCGGGGGUCGCACGACUGGCCCUCAGGCGAAACCUUGCUCGAACCCCUUACCACGUCGCGAGAGCUGGCGCCCUGCCUCGGUUCCAGCCCGCCCGAUGCUUCCACUCGACGCAGCUGCGGCGGGCCGCACCGGUCCCCCGCCCUGUGCCGCUCUCGCGGCUCACCGACAGCUUCCUUGACGGCACCAGCAGCGUCUACUUGGAGGAGCUGCAGAGGGCAUGGGAAGCCGACCCCAGCAGCGUGGACGAGUCCUGGGACAACUUUUUCCGGAACUUUGUCGGCCAGGCCGCCACCUCACCUGGUAUCUCCGGCCAGACCAUCCAAGAGAGUAUGCGGCUACUCCUCCUCGUCCGAGCCUACCAGGUAAAUGGCCACAUGAAGGCCAAGCUCGAUCCUCUAGAUCUCGAGGAGAGGGAGAUGUCGGAUGACUUGGAUCUCGCCCUCUAUGGGUUCACAGAGGCUGAUCUGGAUAGGGAGUUCUUUCUUGGAGUGUGGAGGAUGUCGGGGUUCUUAUCGGAGAACCGCCCUGUUCAGACCCUUCGGUCGAUCUUGGAACGGCUCGAGCAGGCCUACUGUGGGACCGUAGGGUACGAGUACAUGCACAUUCCCAACCGUGAUCAGUGCAAUUGGUUGAGGGAGAGGAUUGAGACCGUGAAGCCUAGGGAGUACAGCCAGGAACGACGUCAGGUCAUUCUUGAUCGACUUACAUGGAGCACACUGUUUGAGAAUUUCUUGGCCACAAAGUGGAAGGCUGCAAAGCGGUUUGGUCUGGAAGGUGGCGAGACUCUGAUUCCAGGAAUGAAGGAGAUGUUUGAUAGAGCUGCUGACCUGGGGGUAGAGUCCAUUGUGAUUGGAAUGCCUCACAGAGGAAGGCUAAAUGUUCUGGGCAAUGUCGUUCGAAAACCUCUGCGGCAGAUCUUCAGUGAAUUCAGUGGUGGUACUAAACCUGUAGAAGAGGGAGAAGGGUUGUACACAGGGACCGGAGAUGUGAAAUAUCAUCUAGGUACUUCGUAUGAUAGGCCCACCAGAGGUGGGAAAAUGAUCCAUCUAUCAUUAGUCGCAAAUCCAAGCCAUCUUGAAGCGGUGGAUCCAGUUGUGGUUGGGAAGGCGAGGGCUAAACAAUACUAUUCUAAUGAUAUUGAGAGGACCAGGAAUAUGGGGGUGUUAAUCCACGGUGAUGGAAGCUUUGCAGGGCAAGGCGUUGUCUAUGAGACAUUGCAUUUGAGCGCCCUUCCCAAUUACACAACCGGGGGGACAAUUCACAUUGUUGUGAACAAUCAAGUUGCAUUCACAACGGAUCCAAAAUGUGGGAGGUCUUCUCAGUACUGUACCGAUGUUGCCAAAGCGUUAAGCGUUCCGAUUUUCCAUGUGAAUGGUGAUGACGUCGAAGCAGUUGUCCAUGUGUGUGAGCUUGCAGCUGAAUGGCGCCAGACAUUCCAUUCUGAUGUGGUGGUUGAUGUUGUCUGCUACCGUAGGUUUGGACAUAAUGAAAUUGAUGAGCCGUCUUUCACGCAGCCCAAAAUGUAUCGGGUAAUUCAGGAUCAUCCAAGUGCACUUGAAUUGUAUGAAAAGGAACUUUUAGAAUCAGGACGGAUCUCUAAAGAUGAUGUUGAUAGGAUGCGUAAUAAAGUUAGUACAAUUCUGGAAGAAGAGUUUAUUAACAGUAAAGAUUAUGUCCCAAGAAAAAGGGACUGGCUCUCUGCUUACUGGGCUGGCUUCAAAUCACCGGAACAGAUUUCACGUAUUCGUAAUACUGGUGUCAAGCCGGAGAUACUCAAACGUGUUGGACAAGCCAUUACAACUCUUCCUGAGAACUUCAAGCCUCACAGGGCAAUCAAGAGGAUUUUUCAGCAGCGGGCUGAGAUGAUUGAAACUGAGGAAGGUAUUGACUGGGCACUUGCUGAGGCUCUUGCUUUCGCCACCCUUAUAGUGGAAGGUAAUCAUGUCAGAUUGAGUGGGCAAGAUGUGGAGAGAGGAACAUUUAGUCAUAGGCAUGCUGUGGUUCAUGAUCAAGAAACUGGAGAGAUGUACUGCCCUCUGGAUCAUAUUAUUAUAAACCAAGAUGAGGAAAUGUUCACUGUCAGCAACAGUUCACUGUCAGAGUUUGGGGUCCUUGGUUUUGAAUUGGGCUACUCGAUGGAGAACCCUAACUCGUUGGUACUUUGGGAAGCACAAUUUGGUGAUUUUGCAAAUGGUGCUCAAGUUAUGUUUGAUCAGUUUUUGAGUAGUGGAGAAGCAAAGUGGCUGCGGCAAACUGGACUUGCUGUGUUGCUUCCACAUGGUUAUGAUGGUCAAGGUCCAGAACAUUCAAGUGGGCGAGUCGAGCGCUUUCUCCAGAUGAGUGACGAUAACCCAUACAUUAUACCAGAGAUGGAUCCAACACUUAGAAAACAGAUCCAGGAGUGCAAUUGGCAAGUCGUGAAUGUGACAACUCCUGCAAACUAUUUUCAUGUUCUGAGACGGCAGCUACACAGAGAUUUCCGGAAACCUCUGAUAGUGAUGUCUCCUAAAAAUCUUCUCCGUCACAAGGACUGCAAGUCACACCUCUCUGAAUUUGAUGAUGUCCUGGGCCACCCUGGAUUUGAUAAGCAGGGAACUCGCUUCAAGCGCCUAAUAAAAGACCGGAAUGAUCACAAAGAAAUAGAGGAGGGUAUUGAUCGUUUAAUUCUGUGCUCUGGGAAGGUGUAUUAUGAGCUGGAUGAAGCUCGGAAAAAUACAAAACGGAACGACGUGGCAAUUUGUAGAGUUGAACAGCUUUGCCCUUUUCCUUAUGACCUCAUUCAGCGAGAGUUGAAAAGAUACCCAAAUGCGGAGAUCGUCUGGUGCCAGGAAGAGCCAAUGAACAUGGGUGCGUAUUCCUAUGUGAACCCUCGUAUAUAUACUGCCAUGAGGGCGAUAAGCAGAGGAAAUAUAGAGGACAUAAAGUACGUCGGGAGGGCGCCUUCUGCAGCCACUGCAACCGGUUUCUUAUCUGUUCAUGUGCAAGAGCAGAAGGAGAUUUUACACAAGGCGAUGCAGCCGGAACCAAUCGGAUUCCCGUUUUGAAGUAAUGUUUCACACGAACGAUUAAAGAACCAGUUGUUACGUGUUUGUCGAUGAUACUCAAUAUUUGGUAUCAGACAGCAGACUUGUCGCUUGUUAUAUCAAUAAUGAUUGGGCGUGGACGAAGGUCUGUUUUUUUUUUU